CACACCCAGCCGGAUCCGAUGUGCUGACGUGUCGGCUCCUGCAGCCCAGUGCUCAUGCUCCAGCAGCUCAAUCGAGACCGUCAACAAAACUGCCAGCAUGGCAGCAAAACACUUCUACCGACAAGGCUUUUUAUUACUUUUAUUUAAUUUUAUUUCAACCGCAGCUUUGGAGAAAAGGUUCUCCGACUUUAAAAGAUGCGCCGAUGAGGAGUGUAGCAUGCUUCUUGUUCGUGGAAAAGCAGUGAAAGAUUUCUCGGGACCAGACUGCCGGUUCCUGUCAUUUAAGAAAUCAGAAACUAUAUAUGUAUACUACAAACUGGCAGGUAGAAGGGCUGAUAUGUGGGCCGGAAGUGUUGGAAGUCUCUUUGGCUAUUUCCCAAAGGAUCUUCUUGGAGUUAACCACAUUUAUACUGACAAAGAAUUUGAAGUUCCAGCAGAGGAAACAGAUUUUGUAUGUUUUGACACCGGAUUUGAUAAGUUUGACAAUUAUGACAUAGAUUCCCUCUUAGGCUCCUCGGUGGAGCAGAAUGAUAGUGAAAAUAAGGGAACGUCUGACCAAACACAAGUGGCAGAGGGCACUCCAAAAGAAACACAGCCAUCUGAAGAAGUGACUGACAGUGAAAAAGAAACUGAGCAUCAAGAUAACUUGGAAGAUCUUGAUAUAGUCCCAGAUGAUCAAAGUGCCUCUUUACCUGAGCUUGACAUGACAGCUGAGUCUGAUACAGCAAUGACACCUGAUGGUAGAGCUGAAGAACUUGAUCAAAAAAAUGCACAAGAGUCUGUUCUUGAAAAUGUUGUGUCAGAGAGGAGUGAAACCAAAGAUACACCCACAAAAUCUGAAGUGGAACCUGUGCCCAAAGAUGAGUUUGUUUCAGAAAAGGAACCAGUCUCGAUAUCUGAAGGAGCGCAGAUCCCAAAGUUGAAAACUACCUUUGGAACAACUUUUGAUGCUGUCACCACCGAUGACAAAAUCACCAAGAAAUCUACACCGUAUGAAGAGGAGGAAAGCAAAGAUCUGGAAGAUCAUCACGAAGACAUCGUUGAUGUUCUAGAAGAAACUCCAUUACUGUCUUUCUCUGAAGAAAAGGAACCAGUCUCAAACUCCGAAGGAGUACAAAUCCCGAAGUUGGAAACUACCUUUGGAACAACCUUCGAUGCUGUUACCACUGAUGACGAAAUCACCAAGACAGUUACACCAUAUGAAGAAGAGGAAAGUGAAGCUGUGGAAAAUCUCCCUAAAGACAACACUGAUGCUGAAGAAGAAACUCCGUUACUGUCUUUCUCUGAGGAAAACAAACCAGUCUCGAUUUCUGAAGGAGCACAGAUCCCUAAAUUGAAAACUACCUUUGGAGCAACUUUUGAUGCUGUCACCACCGAUGACGAAAUCACCAAGAAAGUUACACCAUAUGAAGAAGAGGAAGGCAAAGAUGUGGAAAAUCAUCCUAAAGACAACACUGAUGUUAUAAAGGAAACUCCGUUACUGUCUUUCUCUGAAGAAGCUGUGAAAUCUUCAGCAUCUGAUUCCCUCAAACAGCAGGAAACUCCUCCAACAGCCCAAGAUGACAAACCACAGCCUGAGGAGAAGAACAUGUGGACAUCAAUUGGAGAUGCAGUUUUUUCAGUUGUCACUGGGGGAGAAAUGACUCCGCAUGAUUUGAGUUCAGAGGAAGAUGAAGAUGACGAGGAUGAGGAGGAAGAAGCUGCUGCAAAAACCCCUCCAAUUUUAGAGGAAGCACUAAAACAUGUAGAAGAACCACUAACAAUAGAAUCUCCAAAAGAGCCAGAAAAAAUAGAACAUGUUCCUAGAGAUCCUCUUGAUUCCAGGUCUGUACAAAUAGAUAAUAAAGAAAUAGUCAGUGAUUCUGAGAGACUUUUGUUUAAUCAUGAUGAUGAGCAUGAUGGAGAAGUGGUCGGUCAUGAGGGAGAUUGGAAUGAAACAUUAAAACCCACUGACGAUACUAUAGCCAUUCCUGAAGCUGAGAAAUCCAAUAUUAAAACAACAGAUGAACCCAUUGAGCACAAAGAGGAGGUAUCCAAAGAUUCAGAUAUCAGUGAUGAUAAUGCAGAUUUACAGGACAGUAGCAUUGCAAUGGAGCAUAGACAGGAUUUAGAAAAUGUGCUAGAAGAAAACAAAACAGUGACCGAUCAAGAAACACAUCAAGACCAGUUCACUGAUGAGAUUCAUUCAAGGGAUUUACAUGUCCAAGAUCAUGAAAAGGCAGUAGAGGACAGCUUGCCUAAUCAGACACCUGACCAUUUAAUGACACAGUUUGACAGUAAUAACAGUCAACCAGAUUUAUCUGUCAAGGAACCAGAGAUUCGCGAGGAACCACAUAGAGAGGAGAGCGAUGAUGAGACAGAAGCAGAGCUGGUGGAAGAAAAUGUGGAGGAGAAAGAAGAAUUACUUGAAGAUGAAAAUGCACUUUCAUUCUCACAAUCCGAUACCACAGACUCUGGCAAGCCCUCACUUGAAAUGGAGUCAACUCCAGAGCCAGAGUACAGCGAUAGCGUGAUGAGACUGACUCUUCUGCGAGACCACUUCACAGAGGAAGACAUGGGGCGGGUCCAAAGGCUUCUGGGUCUCAAAAAUCUCUUCAAAGUGGAGUCCAUGUUCUCUGAUCUGGACAUAGAGUUGCAGGCUACCCGUCUGUCACAUGAAGGCACUACACAAGACAUUGAAAAUGCACUCGAGGGCAUCCUGGAAGCCUCUGAAAACACUAUCUUGGAUGAAAUCGAGAAAAUGUUGGACAGCCGGAACACAGAACAUGAUCUUGACCACCAUAUGGAUACAAGAAGUUUGGAUGAGGAGACUGAAAUACUGGAUGACUUCCAGGAGCUUGCAUUCAGUCUACGUCAGAAGUAUUCGACAGCCAGUGACAGCACACCCCUAGCAACAGAAGAAGCAUCAGAUAUUGACCAGGAUGAAAAUGAAUGGAAUGUUGAAGAAGAAAUACCCCACAGUGUUAAAGACGACAAGAUUGACCAUAUCCCUGAGACUGAGAGUGAAGACAAUCUCACAGUAACAGAUCAUGAGGAACAGCCAGCAGAGACCGAAAAGCAGCAGAUAGUUUUGGAUGAAGCGCACGCUCGACCAGAUGUCAGCGUGGAGGAGGAUGGUGGACAUUUUAAUAAAAACAAAGACAGUCAGCCUGGAUUCAGCACAUCAGAUGAGAUGCAGAAGGUCCCACAAGCCACUCUGGAAAAUUCUUUAGACAUGGGUCUUGGUGUUGAGGUGGAGCACUCCCCCUCAGGAUCUUUGGACUCUCUGGACUCAGUGUCUGAAAUUCAUGAAGAAGAAGUGGGAUUAUUGUCAACUGGAAUUGUUUACAUGGGCUGCAUCUUUUCAAUCAUCAAAAGUAAAAUUGUAGAGUGGACCACUGUGAUGAUUUCACUCCUGCCAGAGGAGUGGAAGCCAGGGGAAACCUUGUAUGGCUGUCCUUGGCAAGCAGUUGUCAUCACUGCCUUGGUUGGAGUAGUGACCUUCACCCUCUUCUUCUGGAGGACAGUGUUGGCAGUAAAGAAGAGAGAAUACCUUGUGGAUGAAAAAAGAUUCACAGAGCAAAUCCAGGCACUCAAAAAAGAGAAGAACGAUGCCCUCACAAAAAUGUCUGAACUACAGAAACAGACCGAGCAACUGAGGGAAAAUCAAAAGCAGUCCAAGGAAACAGUUAGUUGUACAAUGAAAAAGAUUCAAGACCUGGAGAGUAAGGUUUUAGCGGCAGAAUCACGAAAUAAGCAGAUGGCUGAGGAAAAGAACUCAUACACAAAACUACUUGAAGAAGAACGGUCAAACUCUGCAGCAAAUGAAACCAGGAUUGAGAAAUUGGAGAAGUCAAACGAGAAGCUACAGCUUAGCAGGAAAAAGAUUCAGGAAGCGCUCGCUAAGACUACUGUUCUCCUGGACGAGGCCAAGAUUCGUGAAGAUGCCCGAAAUGUUCAGCACAAAUGUCUUGAGAAAGAGUAUACAGCACUAAAAGAAGAGAACAAAACGCUUAAAGCUACUAUUAAGGGCUGGGAGGACAAACACAAGGAGCUGAGCGAGCAAAUUAAAAGCUAUCAAAAGUCCCAAAAAGACCUGGAGGACUCUGUGGUGCUCAAAGAUCAUAACGUGGAGGUGCUGUCUGAGCUUCUGGCAGAUUUAGAUGCUUGCGAUCUACAAAAAGGCGACACCAAAGUUUUAGCAAAUGGUGAAAUAGCACCUGAUAAGAAAACAGCCAUAAAGAACAGGAUCAAACAAAUGAUGGAUGUUUCCCGGGUUCAGACCACUCUCACGGUAGUUGAAGAAGAGCGAGAUCGCUUCAUGACUAAACUUCUGCAUGAAGAAAAGACUAGAAAGGCACUGGAAGAACAACACCAGCAGCUGGAACAUGCAAUUGCAACCCUAAAAGGAGAGAAGAGCCAUGUUGAAAACCAGUUCAAGAUCCUCCAGCAGAAAAAUGAAAUCAUGGUUGAAAUGUACCAACAGAAGGAAAAUGCUCUACAGCAGAGAUUAACGAAGGAGGAGCUGGAGCGACGCAGCAAAGAGAAUCUGCUGUCUGAGGUGGGAGGAAAAGCUCUUGAGGCAGAGGAGCAGGUUAAAGUCUUAAGGCAGCGCAUUAAUGAAAUGGAGGAUCAGAUGAAGAAGACAGAGGAAGUCUACAAAGAGCAGAUAAAAGAACAGGAAAACAAAACUCAUUCAAACUGGGUGAAUGCUCGAAAUGCAGAGAGAGCACUGAAUCAAGAGAAGCUUGAAUCAUCAAAGCUUCGUGAAAAGCUGGCAGUAUUAACCUCACAGCUGAAUGAGCGGCGUGCUCCUCUCUUCAGACCAAACUCUGGACAACCUGCAGGCCCUCGCCAAGGUGAUUCAUAUGGGCCCUCUCCUGUGAGUGGGGGUGCACCAUCCCCUCCACUAAUGAUAGAGGGUCCCAGGCGCCCUCCCUCUGCCCCUGUGGGGCGAAGAAUUGACCCGUAUGGUCCUCGACCUCCAUCAGAUCCUCAUGGUCGUUACCCUGAGAACAAACACAUCUCUGGGAUGGACAUGAUGGGCCCCCGCAGCUCAUCACCCGCCAACAUGGAUGUAUCUACACAAGCAGUAGAUCCACAGAUAAAAGCAGAGGCUCAGGGUGAAGCCUCCACAGAGAGUCCAGAGCCAGGACCUGGAUCCUUCCUUGCAUCUCCAAUCAGGGACUCACCUGGCCCCAUGGUCCAAGGUCCUCCACCCGGUCCCCACGACCCGCUGCUCCCUCCAGGACCCCACGGCCGUCUGCCACCACCCGGGCCUUACAGACCUCCACGUCCCGGCCCCUACCACCUGCCGCCUGGUCCACCUCCUCCAAACGGACCUCCUCCUCUUCACGGGCCUCCACUUCCAGCUAAUGGACACCCAGGUAUGCCUCUGCCUGGACCAAUGGGGGGAGAGUUUGGACCUCGACCCACCAACGGACACGCAUUCCACCCCAGGCCUGGUCCUGGCCAUGCCGUUGAUCCCCGGGGUCCACCACCACCACAUUUCCGUCCCCCUCCGCCUCAUCAUUUUGGACCGAUGCCUCCACCACACGGUGUUCGUGGGCCUAUGGGACCACGUCCUCCCAUCCCUCCUGACAUGCGCUUCCCAGGACCACGUGACCUCGCCAGCCCACCAAUGGACCUGCCCCCGGGUGUCCCACCCCAUCCUGCACAUCCUGGCGAUGCUUACGGUCAGGUUCCACCCAAUGCCCUCCACAACUCAGCGGGAGCUCACAGCGGCGCCGGGCAGGAUCUGCAUGUGAAGCAGGAGGCCCCUCAGGACUCAGCGAGGCCAACAAUGGUCAAGCCUUAAAAAUGCCACCAGCUACGGCAGAGGACUUGAACACCAAGUUACCCCGAACCCAUCACGGUAACAAACCAGAUCCAGUCCAAACAUAGGUCAUAAUUAUUUUCAUAUUUCAGUUAUAAAAUAAAGAAAAACCUGCAAUGAUGUUUAUUUAAAAAAAAACAUGGUCCUUAAUUAAAACAUCAAUAAUUAUGUGUCUGAAAUCAAUAUAAGUUGAAAGGGUUGCCACUUUUCUAAACAGCUUAUUGUGCAAUAACAAGUCAUUAUAUGCCAUACGAUUUUAAUUUGUGUUGAUCUUUAGGAAAAAAAAAAAAAUAGACAUUUUUAAGGGGCGAAAUUUUUUUAAUGUCAUUUCCUGUGGAAAUUAUUUUAAAAAAAGGAUAAAAAGGAGAAAGGUUUAGCUUCUAGCAUUUCAGGAAUACCAUAAUUUUCCCAAAGUUGUUGCUUUAGAACAAACUGUAAAGCAAAUGUGUAAUUUGAUGGCCAGAUGUAUAACUUAUUUUACUAUGUUGGUAGUACUUUUAAUAAUAAAGAAUGUAAAAGCUG